AUCACCGUUUGUACUGCACAAGUGUUUCUGCUAUCUUCAGUGUCAAGUCGUGGUAAACAAUGAACGCGUUUUUACAGUUCGUCUUUCUCGGAGCAGUGUGCCUGUUCGCUAAGAUUAGCGCAGUGGAAGAAGAAGGUGAUAAAUCUGAUAGAUCAGUGAUCCUUCCUGGGUCAAGGAUUCAAAACUGUCAAUGGCAAGUACAAACCAAUCCAUGUUUGAACAAUGCCCUUAACAAGCUCAACUUUGUACAUCCAUCUGACCCCUCCAAGUUUCUCCAGUGUGGCACCUUUAACAGACUGUUCGUAAUCCAGUGUCCAACAGGGGAGGUCUAUGACCAGGCUACUAGCACGUGUGUCAAUCCAACAGCUGUAAUCAGUCAACCAUUAAACAACCUGAGCGGCUAUGGUGUGAGCAACCCAUGCACUGUAGGCAACAUCCAGUCUGGCAGAAUCUUCUUUGGUCUACAAGCAGACAACGCAAAGUUUAUCCAAUGUGAUCAAAAUGGUAACGCUCGCGUGCUCACGUGCCCUUCGCAGAUGAUUUGGAAUCAAAACAGACAGUCGUGUGUUUUCCCGACGACUCCCGGCUUUGUCCUCAAGCCUGGAACACUUGGUGCUGGAACUGGUACCCUUACAGGAUAUUUGUCGACCAAGAACCCCUGCACUGCUCAGGCAAUAAGCACAAAGUCUCUUUUCUUCUCUCAUCCUGACCCCACAAAGUUCAUACAGUGUGAUCUCCAAGGUAACGCCUUUGUACAGAACUGCCCAUCCGGUCUUGUCUGGAACCAGUACCUGGAGACGUGCGCAUCCCAGCUAGCGACCUUGAAUUUCGGAGGUUAAUUUUCCGACAAAAACACCAUGUGACCUUAAUAAAUAGCCUGUACCGAAUCUGAAUAAAUUUUAGCAUUG